AUGGACCCAGCCAGUCUGAACAAGAAAGCCCAAGAGCUCAAAGCGCUGCACCAGCCAGGCAACCCCGUCAUCUUUGCCAAUGUAUACGACAUCCCAUCAUCUAGGGUCGUCGCAGGCCUGCCAUCUUGCAAAGCAUUAGCCACUGCAUCCUUCGCCGUCGCCCGUGCCUACGGCCUCGAAGACAAAGACUUGACCCUCGAAACCAACCUCCAAGCAGUCCGUAGGAUCGGCAGAGUCGCAUGUGAAUUCAACAAGCCACUGACCGUCGACAUCCAAGACGCAUAUGGAGAUCGGCUCGAAGAAGCCAUCGUGGGCCUCAUCGAACGCGGCGCCGUAGGCUGCAAUUUGGAGGACUGCAACAUGGAGACCAACGAAAUGUACGCGCCGGACGAGGCCGUCGACCGCAUCAAGCGUGCCCUAACCGUCGCUCGGGCUGAAGGUAUCCCGGAUUUCGUGCUGAAUGCGCGCUGCGAUGUGCUCCUCCACGGCGGCGAUAUGGAAGAAGUUUUCACACGUGGAAAAAUGUACCUAGCCGCCGGUGCCACAUCCGUGUUCGUGCUGGGUGGCCGUUCCCGCGGCGGCGUCAAGACGGAGGAAAUCAAGCGUCUCGUCAAGGAAUUCGAUGGCCGAUUGAAUGUCUCUUGUCAACUCAUGGUUCCGGGAAAACUGUCAGUCAAGGAAAUCGCGGAGCUGGGGGUUAGUCGGAUCAGUGUUGGGCCGCAGAUGCUGUUUAAGGCGACCGAGGCGAUCGAAACGGAGGCGGAGAAGUUGUUAUCUGGGAUUUCAAUUCGCAACGGCGACUAG